GUUGUGGCUGAGAAAGAAACUCGAGUAACAAAAAUGAAGAACUAAACGUUACAUUUCCAUGUCUCCAAUUCUUUUUCCUGCUCAUCAUUACUGCAGAUCAUAUUAUGGAGACAAUGAGUGGAAUGAUAGGCCAACUAUUGAAAGGACUGGCUAUAUUUGUAGUGAAAUGUUUGUUCAGGCUUAUAUCUGUUGGUCCAGUGCCUGAACACAUCGCCUUCGUCAUGGAUGGUAACCGAAGGCACGCCAAGAAGCUGAACGAGCACACAAUAGCUGGCCAUAAAGCAGGGUAUUCAUCGCUGAUCACCAUGCUUGGGUACUGCUAUGAGUUGGGAGUGAAGUAUGUAACAGUAUAUGCCUUUAGCAUUGACAACUUCAAGAGAAGCCCUGAAGAAGUUGAGAAUUUAAUGGAUCUGUUUCAGGAAAAGUUUGAGAGGUUUCUGGAACAUGAAAGCAUUGUACACCGAUAUGGUAUUCGAGUAUACUUAAUUGGUAACUUGAAACUGCUGAGUGAGCCUGUGAGAGUUUCUGCUGAGAAAUUGAUGAAAGCUACUGCCAAAAACAACAAAGGCAGUCUUUUGUUUUGUGUGGCUUAUACGUCAUGUGAUGAAGUCGUGCAUGCCAUUCAAGAAUCCUGCAAAUCCAAAAAAUGUGAAAUUCAAACAAGCAAGGACAGUGUUGAUGGGAGUGAAGGAGUUGGAGACUAUAAGAAGAUGAAUGGUUUAGUUGUUCAUGAGCUUGAAGAACAUGAAGAUAAGCCGAGGGAUGAUGCAGCUGAGCCUUGCAAUGAAGUGUGUGAGAAGCAAAUGAAUAUUCCUACUAUAAAGUUGGUGGAUAUAGAAAAGCACAUGUACAUGGCUGUAGCGCCUGAUCCAGACAUUGUGAUAAGAAGUUCAGGUGAAAACCGUCUGAGUAAUUUCCUUCUUUGGCAGACUGCCAACUGUCCACUGUACUCACCUGCUGCUCUGUGGCCAGAGUUGGGUUUAUUGCACUUGGUUUGGGCAGUUCUUAACUUCCAGCGAAGCUACCAAUAUUUGGAGAAGAACAAGAAAAAGAUAUAACACACACACACACACACAAACACACACUACUUUAUUGGUUUCUUAUACGGUACUCAUACCUUGAUAUGCAAAAUAAUUUACUUGAAUUCCGUGAAACUGCAUGUGUUCAUUCCUUGCUAGUUUUUUUGUGAAUUUGGGAAUAAAUUAUAAAACUUACUUAACCAGGCUCUAAGCCUCCAAUGUAUGACCUAGACUAUUAAUGGAAUUAUCUUUGA